AUGACUACCGGAACUCCUACCGCCAGCCCUACAUUGACCUCUCUACCUCAGUACUCGCCCAUGCCCAAUCCAGGAGGUGUGACGAGCCUUUCUCUGCCUCCAACUGUCGAUCCUACACCUAGUCGUCCUCGGCCUGAUCAGUUUUCUGAGUCUCCCACGUACCCAAGUUCGCAGCAAUCGUCAGGUUCUCAGCAGACCUCAAGCUCCCAGACGUCUCCUUCCUCCUCAAUAGGCACGACCUCAUCGUUCACCUCAUUUUCCAAUACCACAACAACUGCCGGUGCUACGACCUUUCCCAGCGCCACCGCAGCUGCCAAUUUUACGGUACCCAUUUUAGUUCCCAACUUCCAAUUUCAAACCGGCAAUGCUUCUUACUUCGUUCCACUCUGCUCAGACCAGCCGCAGACCCUUUGGUUCACAACUGGGGAUGGAGAUCAACGGGAAUUGAGCAACUUUACGCUCACCUGUGACGGCAUCCGUUGCAGUACGGGUGACUUUCAUCCUUUUCCUGAAGACAUUCAGUCUGGGGACUGUCAGAACACAACAAUAUGUGAUGUGUCGUUUUGCUUCUCUAAACGCUUCGAGUGGGGCGCAAAACCAGAAGACAAUACUAUCACAUGUGGCAAUGUUCAGCAGUCGCUGUCCCUGUCGCGCUCGCGCUCGCGGUCGCGGUCGCGGUCGAAAGAGCCAUGCUCUAACGGUGACAUAUGUUCGAAUGUCACCAAGAUCGCAGAUGAACUUGCCGGGCUUUCAAAUGCGGUUGGCUCGGCUGGCUCGGCUGCACAACAAGGGCUCUCCGCAGUCGGUUGUGCUGCUCAGCAGGCUUUCCAGCAAACUACCGCUUAUUACUUCGGAAUGGCCCAAGAACAGGUGUGCCCGAGCCAACAACCCUUUGAGUUCAUCAAGACUUUCUUCAACACGAUGUUCACCUUGAACCAGCAGGUGUUGGAUCCGAUUAAUUCUUGGAUUGACGAGAACGAUGAGGCAUUUCAAGAACUUGUGUGCCACAUAGACGAUGAGAGUGGGCGCAUCUGGCGUGGCGUGGAGAAGCACUCAACCCUGCAUGCCGGGCUCAAUGCCCUCAGCUCGAUCAACAGCAUCAUCAACCUGAAUCUGAUACAGUCGGACGAUGAGACAGUUAUGAGGAGUCUAAUCCAGAGCCUCUACGACCAAUUUACAGCUUACAUCACAAGCUCAGGGCAUCUCACCCAGGGUUGGACACAGGCAUGGCGUCUGUGCACUACCAACUGGGACCGUGGGAGCCUGGAGGAUCCACAAGAAGAGCCCGACGAGGAUGACAGAGACGACUGGCUUCCUCGUUAUCAAGUCUUCACUAAGCCGGACUCUAGCAUUUCAUCCCUGCGUGGACUGGAGCGUGUUCUAGAUGGUGAAGGAUGGGAGGCUGCCUAUGACGGUCCUGUUGUGAAGGGCUACGUUGUGGAUCUCAACAUCAUGCAAGCUUUGCUGCCCAAUACCAUGCCUUUCGUCGAUGAGACAUUUCGCUUUGUUUGGGAAGGCCCUGGUGACAACUCGAAGCCCACGGGAUCCGAAUUCCAGGCAGACGUUGAGUUUGAGCCUUUUGGCUUUGAGCACUUCACUUCUGGCGGUACUUCCUGGAACACAAGUUCUGGCAGUAGUCUAGGCCAGGAUGGUGACAGGAAGCACCAGGCCUUUGAUCCAUCCAGUUGGCCAGCUCCUACUGGCUCGGAGCGGAUGUCAAGACAACCUGGCAGUCAUCUCAAGUCCCUCUCACAGCAGAAGGGACAAGACCUCCGAUCUUUUGAUUACUACACCUAUGCGGAGCCCCGUGGUGAAGGAUCAUGGAUCUUCAUGCUUGACAUCGCUUGCUUGGCGGGUGCUAUUGAUUUUGGCGUAGCAUGCCGUGCAAAUUUGUACCUUAUCAAGUAUGAGAACUUCUUGGUCAACACACUGACUGGCGAGAAAUCUUCUCCGGGAGUCCACUCGUCAGCACUCCUCGAAGCCACCUGUAAAGUUCUUGAAGCCGUGGGCGACAAAGCACUCGAGGGGCGGGCCGUGUUUAACAUGGUUUCUGAUUUUGCAAAAGACUCCCUCCAUGGAAAAAUGUUGAGGAAUUUCUUUGAGGCAUUGGACGACUUGGGAGUGGUGGUAGUGGUGUCCGCGGGGAAUGAAGGCUAUAACGAAGACACCGGAAAGCCCGACUCCUACCAGGCAGAAUUCUUGCCCCAAGGAAUCGUGACAGAUGAGAGCCCCUACAUCGCCGUUGGCGCCACAUACCAUGAUGGGUCCAUUGCCGAAUUUACGACACCCCCUGGCGCAAGGCCCGACGCCUCUGGUCAGAGUUCCCGCCCCGGCACUCCCGGCAUUCCCUCCAUCUCGAUAUGGGCCCAAGGCGCUGGCCUUGCUGCAUAUAUGCUUUCGUAUCCUUGGCCCGAGGGUCAGAACCCUUUCAGCCUAGAUGACAAUAUUUCUGUCGGCCGGCGCAUGAAGACUAUGCUUGCUGACACUUACGCCUACCAACGCCUCCCUCGAGAUGAGCUCAUCGGCCAGUCCCUGAAGGAAAUCAAGAAGAAUAAUCAAAACCAUGGGUUUCCAUGGGAGGUGCCUCCAAAGGUCAAUGUCGCAUACAACAUGGCGUACGGCGAUCAGAAGUGCAAGAGCGUCGAGGGAUUCCCCAACCUGAAGCGCGAUGGAGAUUCGUGUCCUGUUCCUGGAAGCGGCGGCGCCGAUGGCGAGUCGACCGGGAGCAUCUUCUUCACCGAUCGGCCGACCUACAUGCCAAGUGACUGGACCGGAUUCUCAACUGCAACGGGAAGCAUAUACACCCCGAGCGACAAUGGGACAGAGCCGACAGGAAUCCGUUCAACCUUGGCCCCUAACAUGACAACCUCUUGGGUGUUCAGCACCAACUCUUCGACGUACAGCGGGGCCAUCGGUGUCGUCGCAAAAUUCAAGCUCCUCUCUCCCACCCCCUACGACCCAACAAAACACGAGUUCCAUUUUUACAAGCUCACUAUCAACGGAUUCGAGUUCUGCCAGCUCGUCAUCAACAUCGAAGGAGAUGACCACAGUCUCUUGGACACUCACGAUGAACCCAACUUCAAGUACAACCACAUCAUCGGAAUCAUCGACUUCAAGCAGCUCUCAAUCAACAACCAGCUCGUCCUCGACCCCAACUCCAACACCACCAGCCACGUCCGCAAUCUGCAGGCAAUACCCGGAUGGCAGUCUGCAUAA